AUGCAUCGGUACUCACUCGUCUUCGGUCGCUUCCACAAAAUGCAUCUUCCCGCGUUCGCUCUGCUGCUGUUGGUGGCCGCGGCCGCCGCCGCGCCUCAGAAGGUGCCCGACAAAUACACCAACAAGUUCGACACCGUCGACAUCGACCAGAUUUUGGCCAGCGAGCGACUUGUCGGAAACUACUUCAACUGUCUCAUGGAAAGGGGACCUUGCACUGCCGAGGGAACCGAGCUUAGAAGUGUUUUGCCCGACGCCCUGGAGACCGGUUGUUCCAAAUGCAACGAGAAACAAAAGAACGCCACUGAAAAGGUCCUGCGGCACCUGAGCAAGAACAAGCCCAACCUGUGGACUGAACUGACCGCCAAGUACGACCCCGAGGGCAAGUACCGCUCCAAGUACGAGUCUGAGGCUUCCUCCCACGGAGUCAAGGUGUAGAGGAGACCCUGCCACACAUGACUGAUUCCUCUCACAACGAAGAAGACUGCAUUUGCAAAUAUUUAUUAUUAAAUUAGACCAUGAUAUUAAUAUUUGGAGUUUUCUGUUCCAAAUCAAAAUUGACGAACAUUACAAUAAUGUAAAAAAAAAUAAUAAAACCUGCCUAUAACAAACAUCGAUGAAAA